CCGGGAAGCACCCGCGACGUGAGUUGUGUUCCUGGAAGCUCUGGCGGUGGCUGCGGCUCUAGUUAGGCGGGCCAGACUCCACGUGCUCCCGGCGAGCCGGUUGAAACCGUUGGCGGGCGCUGGCUGAGAGGCAAUGUUUGCUAUCUUCAAUUAGAAGGACUGAGUUUCAACAGGAUGACUUUUUGACAAGACUUAAAAACCUAUCUUGGAUAGAAGAUAUUUAACCAUUUAGCUAAAAAUGGUAUUUUUUACAUGCAAUGCAUGUGGCGAAUCAGUGAAGAAAAUACAGGUGGAAAAGCACGUGUCUGUCUGCAGAAACUGUGAAUGCCUUUCCUGCAUCGACUGUGGUAAAGACUUCUGGGGCGAUGACUAUAAAACCCACGUGAAAUGCAUAAGUGAAGAUCAGAAGUACGGCGGCAAAGGCUAUGAAGGUAAAGCACACAAAGGCGCCAUUAAACAGCAGGCGUGGACUCAGAAAAUUAAUGGAUUGGUAAAGAAACCCAAUGUCAGCCCCAAAGUGAGAGAACUUUUAGAGCAAAUUAGUGGUUUUGACAAUGUUCCCAGGAAAAAAGCAAAAUUUCAGAAUUGGAUGAAGAACAGUUUAAAAGUUCAUAAUGAAUCAAUUCUGGAGCAAGUGUGGACUAUCUUUUCUGAAGCUUCCAGCACUGAGCCAGUCAGUAAGGGACAGGACCAACAGGCGCCCAGCCAGGCGACAAAUCCAUGUGCAGAGAACUCCGCACCCUCCAAAGUGAGUGACACCCGGGAGAGGCCAGCAGAGGCAAAGAAAAACAGAAGAGAAAGGAAGGAAGAGCGGCAGAAGAAUCGGAAAAAGGAAAAGAAAGAACUAAGGUUAGAAGACCACCAAGAAAAGGCAAAGAAUCAGAAGCCUAAAAAGCGCAAAGAGGAGGCUGACCUUGGGGCCGACCUAGAAGCUGCUGGGAUGGGAGCCCCAGAGGCCAACGGGUCGAUAAGGAAGAAGAGCAAGAAGAGGCACCAGGGCCAGCCUGCCGGGGAGCGGCCUGCGGGUGAGGAGGGGCUGCCGGCCACCGGAGCCAGGGGCCCCUCCCACCAGGAAGAGGCAGAAAGGGCCGCAGGGAAGAGGAAGCGGACGUUCUCAGAAGUUGAAACAAAUUCCAAGAAGAAAAAGGUGAAAUUCUCAGGACAUUCUGAGGGUGCAGAACCAGAAGACCAUGUGGCUCCUGCAAAAGGUAAAUUCAACUGGAAGGGAACUAUUAAAGCAAUUCUGAAACAAGCCCCAGACAAUGAAAUAUCAAUCAAAAAGUUAAGGAAAAAGGUUUUAGCUCAGUAUCACAUGGCAUCAAGUGAACGUCACAGGUCUGAAGAGGAGCUUCUGGUCAUCUUUAACAAAAAGAUCAGCAGGAACCCCACCUUCAAGUUGUUAAAGGACAAAGUCAAGCUUUUAAAAUGAACAUCUCUGUUUUUAAAAGUUGAAUUCAUUCUAUUGACUUCUUUUUUUCAUUGCUGUUUAUAAAAUGUGUAAUGAAUUAUAGCAACUCAAACUGUGUUUUCCAAAGCCAUUAUUUUUAAGUUAAGGAAAAAUUAUAUUUUUGGUAGAACUUUUAUGAAAAAAUAAAAUAUAUUCUUGUCCAAAAUUCU